ACGGAUCCGCCCGCACCUUCAAGGACAUCCCCCUCGGCUCUCUGGGCUCUUGCCCACCUCCUCCCCUCGCGUGCGCCCCGCGUCAUCGCCCCCUUUCCCCUCCCAUCUCCCUGCUGGCAGCUCGGCUCUCGCCUCCUCCGCAGUCUCUGCCCCAGCUCGGCAGCUGCAGGCUCCGGCCGUCCCAGGCUCCGGUCGGCGGCGCCCCGCCCUCCUUCCGCGCCCGCGGCCCGCCUCGGCGGCUCUUUGAUCCCAUCUGGGCAGCGCCUGGGACCGGGAAAUUCUUCUACAGGACAAAAUUGAAAAACAAAAUGGAGAAUAUGCUACUUUGGUUGAUAUUUUUCACCUCUGGGUGGACUCUCAUUGAUGGAUCUGAAAUGGAACAAGAUUUUAUGUGGCACUUGAGAAAAAUACCCCGGGUUGUCAGUGAAAGGACUUUCUAUCUCAGCAGCCCCACAUUCGAGGCAGACGCCAGGAUGGUGGUAAACAGAGUGUGUGGCAUCGAAUGCCAGAAAGAACUCGCGGCUCCUGGCCUUUCUGAAUUGGAGGAUUCUCUUUCCUAUGAGACUAUCUUUGAGAAUGGCACUAGAACCUUAACCAGGGUGAAAGUUCAAGGUUUGGUCCUUGAGCCAACUCAGAAUAGCACUCCAAAAGAAGCAGCUGUUAGGAGAAAGAGACAAGUGUAUGGCACCGACAGCAGGUUCAGCAUCUUGGACAAAAGGUUCUUAACCAAUUUCCCUUUCAACACUGCGGUCAAACUCUCCACGGGAUGCAGUGGCAUCCUCAUUUCCCCGAAUCAUGUCCUCACAGCCGCGCACUGUGUUCAUGACGGAAAGGACUAUGUCAAAGGUAGCAAAAAGCUAAGGGUAGGAUUGCUGAAGAUGAGAAAGAAAGGUGGAGGCAAGAAGCGCAGAGGUUCUAAGAGGAGCAAGAGAGAAGCUGAGGCCAGUGACCAAAGGGAAGGUACCAAAGUGAGUCUGCAGGAGAGACCCACGAGAAGAGGGAGAGUCGAGUUGGGUCGGGGUCAGAGAGUGGCGGAGGGAAAGCCUUCUUUCCAGUGGACGCGGGUCAAGAAUACCUAUAUUCCGAAAGGCUGGACGAGAGGAGCAGGUGGGGAUGCGGCCUUGGACUAUGACUAUGCGCUCCUGGAGCUGAAACGCGCUCACAAGAAGAAGUACAUGGAACUAGGAGUCAGUCCGGCCAUCAAGAAGAUGCCCGGAGGAAUGAUCCACUUCUCUGGCUUUGAUAACGAUAGGGCUGAUCAGUUGGUCUACCGGUUUUGUAGCGUGUCUGAUGAAUCCAGUGAUCUCCUCUAUCAAUACUGCGACGCUGAGUCGGGCUCCACCGGCUCUGGGAUCUAUCUGCGUCUCAAAGAGCCAGACAAAAAGCACUGGAAGCGCAAAAUAAUCGCGGUCUAUUCAGGCCACCAGUGGGUGGAUGUCCAUGGGGUUCAGAAGGACUAUAACGUUGCUGUGCGCAUCACUCCUCUCAAAUACGCCCAGAUUUGCCUCUGGAUCCACGGAAAUGAUGCCAAUUGUGCUUAUGGCUGAGACAAAGCUGAUACAAAGUUAUUUAUCAUCUAAGUCGCAAAGAAAACCUAUUCUGAUUUUCUUUCGUUAGUGAGAUCACCUCAUAGGAUAUGCUUGGACUGGAAUCUAUCAAUAGCAUUUGAGCAUUUUUACAAAUUUUUUUUCUCACAAUUUAGGAGAUUUUCAUACAUUUAAAAAUGUGUAAGUACAGAUAUUGAAACCAGCGGGGCACUUGAGUGCCAAGUAUAUACUCUUUACCUGGUGAUAAGUUUUAUUUGUGGACAGAUUUUUGUUUCUUUCUGCCUUCUUAGAAAUUAGACAUUUUAAAACUUCAAACUUGUACAAUAAUGUGAUUUCUCAAUGGACUUAUUCUUAGGGCCCUAAUAGGAUGCCAGUUGUAUGUAAAAUGUGAAACUGCAUAUACAAAGGUAUGCGGUAACACAAGGAAAAUCAGGAACAGAGAGGAAGAUUUGCAAUUUGUGCUACUCAGAGUUGGAUCCAUUCAGCUCCUGCCCUCAGAAUUUAUACUGUUUUUCUGUUGGGUCUGAGAAGUUUAGUUUUUUUUUUUUUUUUUUUUUUUUAAGAAUUACAAAUCAGAAGAAAUAAGUUUUAUAAACUAUCAACUACAGCUUUAAACAAUAGCAACUGCAGUAUCUAUUUAAAAAUGGGGAAAAUACUUUGUUUUAUAAAAUAAAUCUAGUUUAAAAAUAGGAAAGCUGAGACAUUUUAAGAUCUUAAUUUUUUAAUACUCAAAAUAUGAAAUUUUUAUAUAUGCAUAGGGAAAACUUUUUACAAGUUAUGAAUCAUGUAUCCAAAGCCACAUCAUUUUAUGCUAUAAUCCUACUAUGUAUAAGGUGCUAUAUUUUUAAGACAAGGAAUUCUGCAGUCUUUUCCUAGAGAGAUCCUUUUCCCUCUUGGCAAAGUUCAGCUUGCUUUCUUCUUUUUUGUGUGAGGCUGGAUGUUGAGCCUAGGGCCUUUUGCAUGCCAGGCAAAUGCUGCAACACAGAGCUAAACAACCAGCUUCAAGUUCAGCUUUCUUAAUAGCACCAUAAGUGCUCUUUUGGCGAGUUUUCUGACUAGUAAUUUUAGAUAUGUCCUUUAUUAAAAAGAAUAUAAUUUACAAAUAGGAUUUUUUUAAAAAAGUUUCUAGUUAUCUUCUUUAGGGACCAAGGCUGUACACAUACUCUGAUUAUCAAGUGGCAUAAGCAGCUAAGUCCAGCAGCUGUCCUGGGACAAUACGUAUUUUUUUGAAUUCAUCAAACAACUGUUUGGCUAUGAAUGACUGCAAAAAAGGGUUAGUUCAGGGAAUUAUGCUUAAAGACUUUUAAUGACUUACAAUUGAGUGUGUCCUUAAAAAUUUAGGAAAUGCAGGUCUGAUUUUUGGUCUGUUUUUCCUCGCAAUUUCUAGAGUCACAUUCUCUUUUCUCUUGACACACAGAGUCACUAAUUCUGGCAGGGCUACAAAUUCAUUUUAAUUAAUUUUUAAGAUAUGCCCUAAAAUAAUGAGAGGCUAUCCUUUUGAUUAAUAUGCAAAGGAAUAUUUGAUUAGGUUAUCAUAAGUGAUUUUUGUAAACAAUACCCAAAGUGGCUGAAAUUCAACACAAAUGCAUAUUCUUUUAUAAUGUUUGUUAAAAAUAAUUCAAUAAAAAUUUAUAAUAAAUCAGUUUUAUAUCUUA